AUGCAGCCUGUCCGUGACCUCCUCACCAGUGCGUGGAAGUCCACUGGCCAGCCAAUCAACGACAAUAUCCUCGACGGUGAAAUGGUUGGCCUCACCUAUAGUGUCAACUCGAUUUAUAAGGGUCGCCGCUCUGGCAGUUUCCUUUGUGUCGCCGACAAGUCAAACAUCACCAUCCUUCCCCAGGUGCACUCGAAGAAGCUUAUCAUCAACGAUGCUGAUAAGACAUGCAAGGGUGUGACUGUCAUCACGGGCUCUGGCCAGGAACUAAACCUCUAUGCCACCCGUGAAGUCGUUGUCUCCCAGGGUGUCUUCGAGUCCCCUAAGCUGCUGAUGCUUAGUGGUAUUGGGCCUAGCGCAGAGCUUAAGAAGCACCACAUCCCGACAAUUGUCAAUAACCCCCACGUUAGUCAGCAUCUCCUGGAUCAUCCCGGUGUCCCUUUUGUCCUUCGCGUCAAGGAUGGCUUCGGCAUGGAUGACUACGUCCUGCAUAAGGGAACCCCCCAUAACAAUCAGGCCAUCCAAUCCUAUCAGAACAACCAUGGCGGUCCAUUAGGCUCCGGCUUCCUUGAGAUGGUCGGAUUCCCCGAAUUGACAAGUAUUUGGAGAUGGACUCCCAGUACCGCCAGGCUAAGGCCUCGAACGGCAAUAAAGACCCAUUCUGCCCGUACGGCCAGCCUCACUUUGAGCUCGACUUCGUCUGUCUUUUCGGAAGCGCAUUCCAGUGACACUAUCCCACACCAAGCAAGGGCAACUACAUGA